GUUUACGUCUGCCUUCAUCCCCAUCCUUUCCGCUCCAGCAUAAGCAAAAUUAUAACCCCGCACACCGACUUGCAUGCAAUGAUCAUCACCCGGGUGCUCCUCCGUUGAGAGACUUCGCCCCAGAGACCAUUGGCUGUCUGUGAAUGACAAAUCAAAAGUCGCGGUUGCAGAAUCAGCCAGACUUACCUGCUCAUUUGCAGCAGAGGGAGGAAGCAGAGAAUGAAAGAUUCUGAAAAUAAAGGUGCCUCAUCUCCAGACAUGGAGCCCAGCUAUGGGGGAGGCCUCUUUGACAUGGUGAAAGGAGGUGCAGGAAGGCUCUUCAGUAACCUAAAGGACAAUUUGAAAGACACCCUCAAAGACACAUCUUCCAGAGUCAUACAAUCCGUCACCAGCUACACAAAGGGAGAUUUAGACUUCACGUAUGUGACCUCCAGAAUUAUUGUGAUGUCCUUUCCUCUGGACAAUGUUGACAUAGGAUUCAGGAAUCAGGUUGAUGAUAUUCGAAGCUUUUUGGAUUCCAGACAUCUUGACCACUACACAGUGUACAAUCUGUCACCCAAGUCUUAUCGAACUGCCAAAUUUCACAGCCGGGUCUCAGAAUGCAGUUGGCCUAUCAGGCAAGCUCCCAGUCUGCACAACCUCUUUGCUGUGUGCCGGAACAUGUAUAACUGGCUACUACAGAAUCCCAAAAACGUCUGUGUUGUCCACUGCUUGGAUGGACGGGCAGCAUCAUCAAUUCUGGUUGGUGCUAUGUUCAUUUUCUGUAAUCUCUACUCUGCUCCUGGCCCAGCUAUUCGGUUGCUGUAUGCAAAGCGACCAGGAAUCGGACUCUCACCGUCCCAUAGGAGGUACCUGGGCUACAUGUGUGAUCUACUAGCAGAUAAACCCUACCGCCCUCACUUCAAGCCCCUCACGAUUAAGUCGAUCACUGUUAGUCCAAUCCCCUUUUUUAAUAAACAGAGAAAUGGCUGUCGCCCUUACUGUGAUGUACUGAUUGGAGAAACCAAAAUAUAUACAACCUGUACAGAUUUUGAACGGAUGAAGGAAUACCGUGUCCAAGAUGGAAAAAUCUUCAUUCCCUUGAACAUCACUGUGCAGGGAGAUGUGGUAGUUUCCAUGUAUCACUUGAGGUCAACCAUCGGGAGCCGGCUGCAGGCUAAGGUGACUAACACACAGAUAUUCCAGCUUCAGUUUCAUACUGGAUUCAUACCACUGGACACAACAGUCUUAAAGUUCACCAAGCCCGAGUUAGAUGCAUGUGAUGUACCAGAGAAAUACCCUCAGCUGUUCCAGGUGACACUGGAUGUAGAACUACAGCCCCAUGACAAAGUGAUAGACUUAACCCCACCUUGGGAACAUUACUGCACUAAAGAUGUCAACCCCAGCAUCCUCUUCUCUUCUCACCAGGAGCAUCAGGAUACGCUGGCCUUAGGAGGACAGGCUCCAGUAGAUAUGCCUCCAGAUAACCCCAGGCAUGUUGGGCAAGGUGGCUUCUUCGCUUCUCUCUGUUGGCAAGACCAGAAAUCAGAGAAAUCAUUCUGUGAGGAGGACCACGCAGCCCUUGUGAAUCAGGAAAGCGAGCAGUCAGACGAUGAGCUCCUCACCCUUUCCAGUCCACAUGGCAAUGCCAAUGGUGAUAAGCAUCAUGGAGCAAAGAGGCCUAGCAAAAAGCAGCAGGAGCCAGCGGCCCCUCCACCCCCUGAGGACGUGGAUCUUCUGGGCCUUGAAGGAUCUGCAGUGAGUAAGAACUUCUCUCCGCCACCGGCUCCUCCCACCAAUACUGAACUACUGAGUGACCUGUUUGGGAGUGGAGGUGCGACAGGUCCUUCUCCUGCUGGUCAGUCUGGGGUGGAAGAUGUAUUUCAUCCUAGUGGACCUGCGUCAACCCAGUCAACGCCACGCCGUUCUGCCACCUCCACCUCCGCAUCCCCAACCCUACGAGUAGGAGAAGGUGCCACCUUUGACCCAUUUGGAGCACCUUCCAAACCAUCAGGUCAAGAUUUGCUUGGUUCUUUUCUGAACACAUCCAGUGCUUCCAGUGACCCCUUUCUUCAGCCUACAAGAAGUCCUUCACCUACAGUGCAUGCUUCUAGUACACCCGCUGUGAACAUUCAGCCAGAUGUUGCAGGAGGUUGGGACUGGCAUACUAAACCAGGAGGUUUUGGAAUGGGAAGUAAGUCAGCUGCCACCAGCCCAACAGGAUCCUCACAUGGCACUCCCAUUCAUCACAACAAACCCCAGACUCUGGAUCCUUUUGCCGACCUUGGAACCCUAGGUAGUUCUUCAUUCGCCAGCAAACCCACCACACCAACUGGGUUGGGUGGAGGGUUUCCGCCUCUCAGCUCGCCACAGAAAGCAUCUCCCCAGCCUAUGGGUGGAGGGUGGCAGCAGGGAGGUGGCUACAACUGGCAGCAGUCACAGUCUAAGCCACAGCCCGGCAUGCCACACUCAUCUCCCCAGAACCGACCCAACUACAAUGUGAGCUUCUCAGCCAUGCCUGGGGCUCAGGCUGAACGUGGAAAAGGAUCAGCUAAUCUGGAAGGAAAACAAAAAGCAGCUGACUUUGAAGAUCUACUCUCUAGUCAAGGUUUCAAUGCUCACAAGGACAAAAAGGGCCCUCGAACAAUAGCUGAAAUGAGAAAGGAGGAGAUGGCUAAGGAAAUGGAUCCUGAGAAAUUAAAGAUCCUGGAAUGGAUUGAAGGCAAAGAGAGAAAUAUCAGAGCCCUUCUCUCCACGAUGCACACAGUGCUAUGGGCUGGGGAGACCAAGUGGAAGCCUGUUGGCAUGGCAGACCUGGUAACACCAGAGCAGGUGAAGAAGGUGUACAGAAAGGCUGUCCUGGUGGUCCACCCAGAUAAAGCUACUGGGCAACCCUAUGAACAAUAUGCAAAGAUGAUUUUCAUGGAGCUAAAUGAUGCCUGGUCUGAAUUUGAAAACCAAGGCCAAAAGCCCUUGUAUUAACCUAUGAGCUCUCCCUUUCUGCUGCAGACUGUGCUAAUGCUUAGUGUGUGUCACGGUUCCAAGGUUUUCACAGAUGAACCAAAAAUUCCAGUAACAUGUUUUCAGUACUAAAACUGUUAAACCAUGGAUUUUUUUUUUUUUCAUUGAUAAGGGAGGUGGACAUUUGGUUCCUCUAAGUCCUCACCAUAAAAGGUCCCAAGCAGGAAAGGAACUUUCAGUGUGAUGACCUUGCAGAGUUAACAACAUUCCAGCCUGUCCUUUGGGGAAGUAUUCUCAGCAUUUUGUCUGGGAGAAAUGGAAAAUAAGAGGCCACCAAAGGUGAAGGCACAACAUCCAUCUCAUUGUCUGGGAAUAGGGUUAAUGAGGUAAAGUUAUGAUAAUAGGAUGACAUGGUAGUUUUGCAUAAUGGUCUUUAGAUUUUCUUGGAAAGGUAUCAUUGGAGCAAUGACUUUACACAGAAUUUAGGAACAGAAUUUCCAAUUAUUAUUUUUUCUUUUAAUGAAAAUUUCCUGCGGUCUUUAGCCUAACACUGUAUAUGUCUAUUGGUCAAAACAACUAACAAAUAUUAAAAAAAAAAAAAAAAACUUGCGUUGUGAAAAAUAAUUGUACUGCAAUCCAGUGAUUAUCACAACUAUUCCUGGAUAAGCUAAAAAUGAGUGAAAGAAAAUAGGGAUUGGGAAAGGUAUAAAUCUUUAUUCCCGGUCAGGGCAUUGGGCUGCUACUUUUUUUUUUUCCUUUUUGAAAACUGUGGUUGGUUAAAGAAAAAUAUCCGAAUACCAUAACAACAACUCUAAAUCUGAUUUGAAACUUCUAAUUUUGCCAUAAGGUUUAAUGUUUUUGUUUGUUUGUUUGCUUUUUUUUUUUUUUUUUUUUGCUUAAUCUAGAAAAUGGUUUUAGCUGGAAACAGAUUCUAAAGUAUUUGGCCCAGUCACAAUUUAUCAGGACCAAUACCUAGAAAGCUCUUCAGGUUUGUGAGCAGUUGUGGUAAGAGAAUAGAAGACAACACUGAAUACUCGUCAGUUCCAGUGGCAAGGCUGUGCUCACCUUUGGGCCAGAUCAGAUGGUGUGUCAGUAUUUGCUUUGCGGAACCAGAUCUCUCUCCCCACCUGGAGAACCUGGACCCCUUGGAUGAUUACAGUGUCAUUUGUUUUAAAAGAGUCCACAGAAGAACAUUCACAUAGGGACAUCUGCGAAAGCAAAAAGAAUGAAACCCUUCCUGGUCUCAAACUGGUUGGACUUCAGUUCAGCGUUUUGGCUGGUUCUGAUUUUUGAGGGGUAAGCAGUUUGCUCUCCUGUGAUGUUAAGUAGAUUUCUUUUGGUUUGCACAUACACAGUGUGCAGUAUAUUUACAUAUAUAUGCAAUGCAGAUGGGCAAAAAAAAAAAUUCAUGUUAAUCUUAAAAAGUUCCUGCUCAAUAUUGUGAAAAGCUUUCAGAGUUGUUUUUAAAAGACAAUCAUUUUUGUUUGUUUUAAUUUCUUCGUGGCAAAUCGUACCAGAAAAGCAGCAUGUCAAAAAUCCUUUAGGUUCACAUAGAUUGAUCUCUCUUUCUCUCUAUUUUUUUUUUUUUAACUUUGGUUACAAAGGUUCAUUAUUUAUUUUACCUUUUACUGACAAUGUGAAACCCACAGAAAAUAUUCUCUUUUUAAAAUAUACAGCUGUAAACUGUUCAAGGUAACCGUAACAAACUAGGUGUUAUUUAUUAACGUAUUAUAAAAUAAUGUUUGAUCCAGUAUGUGCUUGUCUUAUUUAAAAUUGGAAUGUGAGACAUGUUUCUGUGACCUGUUUUUUUUCUUACUCAUAUUUGUAGAUAUUAUGUGAACUACCGUAGACAACGAUAAUAAUUAAAAGGAUAUUAUGUGGAUGUCUCGUACAUUUUGAAAUGAUAGAAUUAUAUUAGCUUUGUAUCAUGUUUGGAUAAUUCGCCAAUGUUCACAGUUUAAAACAUCAUUAAACAUUAUGUAAUUAGCAGUGAGAAAGAAUCUUACUUAACUAAAUUUGGGGGUUUCCCCCACAUCUCUUUCCUGGAUACAUUAUAAUUCUGGACCCUUCUAUAUCUCAAAACUCUUAACAUAUGCAGACCCACGGGUGUUUGCGUUCCUCUUAAAUAACUGGUUGUGACUGAGCUUGUUGAUGAGAUUUACUGUUUCAUUCAUAUUUAUUGUAAUAUAUUUUUUGUUUUGUAAAUAUGUUACAACAAAAUGUGAUUGGUCUAAAAUAUUUGUAAUGUAUAGUAAAAGACUCAAAAAAUA